AUGGGAAAUUCAACCAGUAGUGCAUUAUCAAAGGAGAUCCUGGAGGACCUGAAGCUCAGCACCAUUUUCACUGAACAUGAGAUCAGCCAGUGGUAUGAGAACUUCCAGAAGCAGUGCCCGACGGGGCGCAUAACACCGGAAGAGUUUGAGCAGAUCUACACCCGCUUCUUUCCUGAGAGCGAUGCCAAGAGCUACGCACGGCAUGUGUUUCGCUCCUUUGACACCAACGAUGAUGGCACUUUGGACUUCAAGGAGUACAUCAUUGCACUGCACAUGACCUCCACUGGAAGGACAACCCGAAAACUGGAGUGGGCCUUCUCACUGUUUGAUGUAGACAAGAACGGAUACAUCAACAAGACAGAAGUGACAGAGAUCUGCCAGGCCAUAUUUAAGCUGAUCCCCAAGGAGGAGCAGAGCAAGCUACCAGAGGAUGAGAACACACCCGAGAAGAGAGCCAACAAGCUGUGGUCUUACUUCGAAAAGAAAGACAACGAGCGACUGGCUGAAGGGGAGUUCAUCCAAGGAGUGAUUGAAAAUGAGAAUGCAAUGCGUCUUAUCCACUACGAACCAGUCAAUCAAUAAACUCGUUCCUAGUUUAUCUCCUCUCCUCCUGCCCCUAGUUAGACUCGCUCUCUUCUGUUGAACUUUUAUUUUUUUCCAGCCUCAGAUGCUUUCUCCUUCCACCUGUUUACUUCACUCAACCCCGCUGUGUAAAUACUCUUCUCUGCAGUGUCUUGGUUUCAACUCACUUUUACUAAUGUUUGUCAAUGUAUUUAUAUCAAAUAGAGGCUAAAAGACGUCAAUUGUGGCAUAGUGUUUUAAAAUGUUUCUAGCUAAAAAGAUGAUUUAUGGUGACUAUAUUGAUCUGAUAUAUAGUUUGUAUAUCUAUCUAAAUUAAUGUUAUUAAUGACAAUUAUAAUGAAGUAUCAUGCCCGACUGUUAGGCUCAUUAAAGCUUUUUUACAGAACUGGAAAUGUCUUA